GGAAAAACCACCUCUCGUCAUCUCCAGAUUUGCGUCCAAACAUCUCGCGGGACAACGACCUACGACUAUCCAUCCGUCGUGAGGCAAGUCUGCUUCGGUUCUCUCUAAGUACUACAACUAACCAGAAGGAGAAGCGAGUAUUUCCAUUUUCUUGUUGCAAAUCCAGGUCGGUGCACAUCGAUAGCAAGAAAAAAAGAAUGCAAAUUAGGACUAGUCGUUUCAGUGCCCUUGUUGGCCGUCCUGCAUGCUCAUUGCACCUCUUCUUUCUUUACCAGAAAUUUAGCUCUACUGGCACAACCCUGGUAGAAGCCACUGGGCUAUUCGGAGCUACAUGUGGAGGAGCUUGCGUCAUGAAUGGUGUUGGUUCGUCUCCAGUUGAAUUCGUUGUUGAGCGCGGUGAUGAUCAGACACCUUUUGAACAGACAUUGCAAAAUGCCACGUUUCUCGAGGAAGCCAAGCGUGAUGUAGAAGGCGACGACGGGUUCGCUUCACAUCUUGCCAGCCUUAGCCUUACGAUCUAUCAGAAAAACGAUGCUUUUGGAACACAACAACCUCAAGGGCAGCUGUCAGCCACAACAUCCGGCCAACAGAAACUUCAAGUCGCUACUUCUCCUUCUAGUUCUGCUGCAGCUACAAGUUCCGCUACCUACGUGCCUAUUACAACAACUGCAGGUAGUUGUACUAUGAUGCUCGCUGUUCCACUGGUGCAAGAACCCGUGAAGCCAGAGGAUGUGGCGGAUUUUUCCGAGCAGGAGCUCGUGCUAGAUUCGGUUCUUCUGACAACAUUAACGUUGAGGAGUGGUGAACUCGAUGUCGCGACUCUCCAGGACUCGCAUCCUAGUGGCCGCCACUUCGUUCGCAAGACUGCGCCGCCAGUUUUUUUGGAAGAAACAAGCACUCUAGAAGUCACUGGAGGAGAAGAUACAGGAGACGGAGAAUCUACAAUCACCAUACUAGGAGAAUCUCGUGGUCCACAGAGUGCUGCUGGACAAGUUGUCAAGUACAGUGCCAUAGCCACCUCCACGCAACAAAGUCCACAACAAGAAAUGAGUGAUGAAGUGCUACAGGAACCACAACUUGAUGAAGAGCCUCAGAUGAUGAAGUCUGAAGAUGGCAAAGCACAAGAUCAUCUGCAGGACUUCUCAACUUCUCCUCUGACAGCUCCUCAAGAAGGUCAAACUGCUGCCGCGCUGUUUGAUGCGAAAACCUUCGAAGAGGUGCGCGAGCGACUUGAGGGAACAAGUAAGACCGCGCUUACGCGCGGUGGCCGUCGCGAGUCGCGUGGCACCAAGCGCGCAAAGCAAUUGCGCAAAACCACGAAAGCAUCGAAACGAGAGGAGGGCUUCUUAAGAUUAGUACGUAGUGGUAGUCGUAUACAUGAUCAUACUGUUAUACAUAGUACUAGAAAUACUAGUUGUUAGUUCUGGAUCUAGUUAUUUCUUUUCAACGCCACAAGUUUAAGUAGUUACCUCCUCAAGCUCAAGAACUCUAGACGAUGAUAAAGAUGCUGUGAAACACUCAACGGACGACGACGAACCGAAGGGGAAGGAAAUUAUUACUUAAUACUUAGCGUUAGGGUUAGCUCUAACCCCUAUUUCGGAUGAGAAGAAUGGCCCAGUCGUUAUCUUUUCGAGUGAAACCGGGAGACCAUUGACUGCUCCAGGAAAUGGCACAACGGUGUCUACUGAUAAAAUGGACACGACUGAGCCCCAGUCGUUGUAUUUUCUUGGUCUUUCGCAAAACACAAGCGGAGUAAAACAACCACAACAAGCUGUUGCGCUGUACGCGGCGCUCACGACUACUCAACAUCAAAAUAUGGGAUCCUUUUUUGCGCAACUUCAUCUCCUAGCUUCCUACCUGCUGCAUUUUGCUCCUUUUUUACUCAAUUUUUUGAUAGCUAUCUCAGCUUAAUUCAUGUCAGGCUCAGGUCUUGUAAGCACUAACCAUCAAUGCCAGGAGUGUAAGUAACCGAAUCAGGCAGAAAGUUUGGGGUCGUGAGCUGCUUUGAGAUGGAAUUACUAGGCCACCACUUCUAAUGACAGUCCGACGAUCAAGAACACGAAGCUUACUGCCGCCCCGUCGACGGCUAACCGGAAAAAACAAGCGGGCUUCUGGCGCAAGUGGGCGAGUCCUUUCCUGGAUGGCUUCUGUCGCGAAAACGUUCGUUCGAUCGGCAUUCACACGAAAUUAUGUCAUACAACAAAGAGCAUGAGCAAAGUUGACUCAAUCAUGGUCUUGACCAAUUUGAUUUUGGUUAGGAAUGAGCACGAGGAUCUGUUUAAGAAUGAUCACACCAUAGAAUCAAUUAGCAAUACACAAGGAAGGAUCAUGAUGACGUUAUUACAACGAGGGUCUGGCACCAUCUGCAACACGACGACAGCGCCAUGUUGGGCAGACGCUGAUAUACUUUCUGCGCAAAAGUUUUUGCAUUUUCGCUUCCCUUGCUAAUGAUAUUGAAGAAGCGUCAACAACUGUCUUCCACGACAUAUACCUUGAUUUAUAAUACACUUUUGAUAUUCAUCUUCAUCACCAGUAAAAAUUGGGUAUCACAUCAUAGAAUUAGAAGUAUCAAGCCUCAAGGAAUCUCAAUCACUGUGAUCCUUUCUAAAGAAAGAGAAUUGCUACUCGCCCAAGCGUUGCUCAGACCCGCGAAUCCGACAGGCCUGUAUGGGGCAAGGUUUUGUUGCGCCACCUAGUGACUUCUUCAUGCUCUUCCGAACCGGCAACGGAUGUCGCAAGGGCACAGUGCGCGAACGCAGGCUUGCGGAAAUCGAGGGCAGUACUAAAACUAAAUUUGAAUCGUGCAUCUCCAUCUCGUUCUUUUCUUCUUCGAUUGAUGGAAGUCCUCAUUUAGGUUGAGCUUGAGCACAUAGAAAAUUAUGUAACUAAAAUGUUUGUGAUGCUUCUUUUUCGCAUAGAUCCACACGUUGAUAACAUCAUAAUGAUCCUUCCUAGACAAUAUUAGACAUCAACAUCAUCUGCAUCGGCAUUACUCAAUCAUGACAGAAAACGGCAGCGUUGCACUGUCUGUGCAAGAACGAGUGACGCAAGCAUGCAUCCCGCUUCGCCACUAUUGCCAUCAGCAAACGGACGGAAUUAGUUGUAGCGAGAUGGAUGGUUGCGAGUGGGUGACUGAUGAACCUCCAGAGCCAGAGGAACCUCGGUUGAAGCUCUUUUUAUGACUGAGAAGACGUAUAAUUGGGUUUAGAUUUAGUAGGGUUUCAUCUAAUCUACUGUAGCUGUACUCCCACUGUUUUUUUUUGCCGCAUCAUAGUUUUAGAUGAUGAUGGUGAUGCAUGCAGAACGAUAGGCGGCAACGCUACGAUAGUCGAUAGGCAAAGACAUGCUACGCAAACAGAGCGGGAAACAAAAUCACCGGCGAAGGGGACUAAGACAGACACUCGAGAGAAGCAGAAGCCGAACUUGCUAACAGAAAAACGCGAAGGCGCGGGGGAUUCUGAAGCUCACAGCACGCCAGUCCGUGUUCCUGUUUGAUUGGCAGGCAUCUGAAGGGUGAAGCGUAGCUCGCUAGGGAGCAACCCAAAGAAGCCGAACGGGAACACCACCAACGCUGGGCAAGGUCACCCCGAAAGCCCUUAGCGGGUGCAACUACCACGAAAGGCGCCCCACCAAUCUGCGGAAGCACGCAGUCAGCUGAGACAAGAAUGGCGCAAGCCCUGCAAGCUUGUUGGUUUUUUCACACAGUUCCGCCCCCGCAAGCCUCUCGGGGGCGUGGGGGGGAGAUGAAGCGCAUCAAUUUUACCGAAACCCCUGCGGGCCCACCAAGUUGACGAAUCGAACGAAGCCAGCCACAGACAACACCGCAAGAGGCUGCAGGCAAAUGAACAACCGCACGGAACAACCAGCCCACGGAGAUGUCCCAGAACAGAACACCAAAGACAUCAAAGAAUAAGAACACAGGCACCGAAUGACAGACCGCCGGCGAACAUAUUAUCCGCGGCCGCCUUGUUCUUAAUCUCAUCUGCAGCCGGCCGCCCCACACACCACAGGCCCAGCCACUGCCACACAAAGACAGACGCAACACGAGGGCCAGACAAAUAACGAGCCAGGCCGCGGCCUGCGUGGCGCAGAUCGUGCCACCUACCUUCAGCGAACGAAGGCCAAAGAAGCGCGCAGCUGAGAGUUGCGCGAACGCCGGACAGUGUUGGAAGCCAAACUAUCCUAUGCGGGUGAUUUGUGCACUUUUUACGAUUUCGAACCAUUUCACAUCUUUCGCUCAAAACCGACUGCAGAACGAUAGGCGAGAACGCGGCCUAGCUAGGCAGCUGGCCUCUUCGCUGGAUAGGUAUAAACACACCGAACAGGCAACAUUGCGCACGAUUUUGACAACUUGGAGCGGCGUUGAUUCUUGUCGUCGCGUUUCUCUCUAUCGUCGGCGCCGCUCGGUGUCAAUUUAGGAACAAACACAACAAACACCCCAAAAAUGGCGCAGGGUGUUAGUUCUUAUCUUGUUAGCGUUACGCUCUAAAAUCCUGCGUGCAACUAUACUCGUCGCCCUCCCUAACAAGUUGUGUGUCUGUCUCUAUACCUAUGCAUGACCAUGUCCAACAGUUCUCAACAUUAUUCGAGUCUGCAAUUAACAACUCUGGAAUUUCUUGUUCUGUUUGUUUGCUCAUCGACUUUACUACUGACGGCUUUUUCCAGCGAAUUCAUAGGCACGUACUAGAGUAGUAUCUCCCCCGCUCUAGUACUUGGCGUUGUUCUUGUUUAUUGCCAAGAUUCAUGAACGGACACUCACGAUAGCGAGACAAACGUCUGGCUUCCAGACAUCAAGUGUGCAGAGGGGGACGGCUACACUGACCGCGUUGCUAAACGUCUGCCUUGUCACCUGAAAAAACCAGAGCCUCUGCGGAAGGACACCUACCUCUACAAAUUUCUCACAUUAUGCUGUUGUGAAUCGCAAACUCAUAGAACUUCUCAGUUGUGAUCAGUACUAUCACGAUCACCGAAAGACAAUGAUAGAAGUUGAUAGUUCUUUACUUGAUCAUGCUUUCUGUAGGUAUGCGUCUUGCAAGUUCACAUCUGUGUGUUUCUGACGAAGAGCACCGACUGCUGCUGGUGCUGUCUCUGAGCAAUCAUUGAAAACAGUUUGAUUUUAAAGUAUCAAUUCCGUGUGCCGCAGUAUUUCAAAGUGUUUAACUGUACAGAAGAAACCACAAGGCCGAUCUUCAUGUAUAUCCACUUUGGGCCGAUUGUUUACGAGUCCGACGCAACGACAUCGGAUGUUGACCCACCAGGACCUGGUCUACAACGUGCCGAGAAACGAUUGUUUGAGAUGCAAGGAGACAUCUACCAUUAAGGCUCCUGUCGAGGAUGGGGAAAAUAUCGAUUUUCACUUUUCAACGUACUUCUAUUUCCUUGACCUUGUCUAAGUAGUUGAAGGAGCAGUACAUUCGAUUAACUAGUUCCUCGCAUGUUGAAGCACCCUGAUGCAUCGAUAAGCACCACGCGUGUCCACGUAGUUCAGUGCCCUGAUCUAGAAAAAGAAAGCUACUCACUAGUAACGUCAUUAAUUUAUCUUGUUACAAGUACAAGGCUAAACUUAAAUUUUUGUUUCAACAAAUAGUUCUAAGACCAGGUGCAUGGAAGACAGCGAGUGCUGCAGUGGGAAGUGCGGUAACGGUUACAAGCAUGUUUCGUGUCUGUUCGCAAAGUGCAGAUGCGAGCACGCGCCCUAAAAAGAGGAACAAGGCGAUUCCUAUUGGAAGAACCAAUCAUGCAAAAAAUGUCAAAUUCGAAUUCGUACUUUUAGUAAGGAGAAAUCAAAAAGAUUGACAUGAAGUUUUAACUACAUUUAACUCUAAAAAUGAUGUUUGAGUACCAAUAUCGAAAGCGGACUACAACUUCUAGCUGUAUAUCAUUAUAAAACAGGCUCAGGCAUCUUGGAUGUACAAAAAUAAAGAUCUAAAAUGAAUGCACAUGUAGAUUACCAUUACUCCUCAGCACCUAAUUUCGAUUUCCACCAGAGCCUAGACUAUGUAUUCAAUAACGUAGGUCUCAUCAUCAACGUCAAGCGGGAUGCUUAUAAAAAGGGGAAUAGAUGAAGCGAUGCUCAUUCUCGUUGACGUUGAGUGUUAGAGAAUAUAUUCGGAGAGUUCAGAUCAACAUGACUCUCACUGGCUUUAGGGGUCAUCGCCGUCCCAGACUUGCGAUGAGAUGGCGAGGGCGAAGAUGGGCAUGGGGGAUUAAGAAGUGUAAUAGUUCUUAGUUACAUAAAUCAAAAAGGACGAAAGAACUGUUUGUUGGCAACGAUGGUCACCCUAUCUAUGGAGCACGAGCAAGUCUUGCUAAUUCUAGUAUAUCUGGUUUAGACUCAUAGCUCAAGCUCAAGCUCGUCACGUUUAAUAAGAUUUAAAAAGCAUGUAGUCAGGAAGACGAAAAAGUCCUUCAUAUUCAUAUUUCAUGUUGUACCAGGCAACUGCAUCUGCAAUGAGCACUACGACUAUGCAAAAUUAACAAGCAGAUGGUCGGGAGACGGGGAUGGGGAAUGUACUAACCGCGGCGAAAGUUAACGUUAAGUUGUAUUAAAUGUAUCAUAGUCACCAUACCUACGACUAGUGAGAAGGCAGGUCAAACUUCGUAUUGUAAAUCCUUUUUUUGUUUGAGAAAAUGCAAGGCGUUAAACACAGCGGUACCAUGGGGACUAGAAAUUGCGUGGUCACACUGACUUUUUAGAUGAAGGUGUGGGCGUUAUGGAUUUUUCAGGCUUGCGAAACUCCAUCAAAUUACGAUAAUGCCAGUUCCUGUUCCAGCUGUUUUCGAAUUUCCACUGAUAUUGUCAACAUCAAGUUUUAAUAGCUCCACGUCCACACGGAUAUGCUUAUGCUUACAACAAUCGGCAUGCAUCAUCUUGAAAUAGUAGACAUAAAACUUUUAUUGAGGCACUUGAUUUUUACGAUUUAACUUCAACAAAUAGAAAAUGGAACUUGGGGAGUCACUCUGCAAAACAAAACUUUAGUUGUUCGUCGAAAAACAACCAUAAGAUUAUAGUCCUACCGAAUAUAUUUAUAUAUGAGCGGUUUUUGUCGACGAAGUAGAUGUUGAAUACUUGAAUGGCGUUCGAAAGACCCGCAAGUCACCAAGAAUAAAGACGCCUUCCAUGAGAUUCGAGGUACAGAACAAUGUACCUCGACGCUGCCUUUCUUGAUAAAUUUAGAUUAGUUAUAGUUAUCGCGAGGACGAUUGCACAGAGUAGUUAGAGAGCUACAACGUUUACGGAUGAAAGUGAAAGAGAUGCGGUUCGGGAGACAGAUGCAUGAAAAAAAAAUGUUGGCGUAGUCGACGAAAAGUCCUUUUUUGAUGUAGCGAC